GAGCACUCCACACCAUAUAGCCACAAUGCCAAACAUGGAUCUGUACAACAUGCCCAUGGCUCCGACCAGCCGUGCCAUCCAGAUGAUUGCCAAGGCCUUGGGUCUUGAACUGAACUCCAAGUUCAUCAACACUCUGGAGGGAGACCAACUGAAGCCAGAGUUCGUGAAAAUCAACCCACAGCACACCAUUCCCACCCUGGUGGACAAUGGAUUCGCUAUCUGGGAGUCCCGUGCCAUUGCUGUCUAUCUGGUGGAGAAGUACGGAAAGUCCGAUUCCCCACUAUACCCCAAAGAUCCUCAGAAGCGGGCCCUGAUCAACCAGAGGCUUUACUUCGACAUGGGUACCCUAUUCGAUGCCAUGGGUAAAUACUUCUUCCCCCUCUUCCGCACUGGCCAACUUGGGGAUCAGGAGGCGUUGGACAAGGUUAACUCCGCCUUUGGAUUCCUCAACACCUUCCUGGAGGGACAAGAUUUCGUUGCCGGCAACCAACUGACCGUGGCAGAUAUCGUGAUCUUGGCCACCGUCUCCACCGUCACAUUGUUUACCUAUGACUUGCAAAAGUUCCCCAACGUGGACAGAUGGUACAACAAUGCCCAGAAGGUGACUCCUGGAUGGGAUGAAAACUUGGAGACCCUGAAGCAGGCGAAAAAGUUCUUAGAGGAGAAGUUGGCAGAGAAGAAGUAAAUUUUGAAACUACUAUAGAUUAUAAAUAAAAACAAAUUAUUUAAUU